AUGGAUAGCGAGGUCAAUUACCUCACCAUCCCAACUGUCAGAAACGGAGGAUUGGGGGAACGCUAUCUUGGAACACAUCGCGAAGCACGAGAUCAUCAACGAAAACGUCCAAGAGAGUCCCAAAAGAAAGGAGCCAUUCUCUCAAAAGGUCCGGAGCUUGCUACCAGGAUCUCUCGUGAUGCUAUACGACCAGAGAGCAGCUGGACAGAAACUCCGACCAUCCUGGAGAGGCCCUUUCAAAAUCAACAAAAAACCGAUACCACGACACUUCCAUAUAGACCAACUCAAGCCAUUCUACUUGCGGACCUCUUAUUUGAUAACAAGGGAGGAAGAGAGACUGCCGACGUACUAGAAUCUGAGGGCUGGAACUUCAGAACACUCACUGCCAUCGGAGCUCAGGAAGAAGAGGAAAGAGAAAGAGAUGUUGAUUGA